AUGUUGAAGAUGAGUGGGUGGCAGCGACAGAGCCAAAAUCAGAGCUGGAACCCGAGAAGAGAGUGUUCCAGAAGGAAGUGUAUCUUCAUACAUCACCACACCUGAACAGCAUGAAAGCAGACAUCAGCAAUGUACAGAUAAAUGGACAUGGUUGUGUUCCAAUAAAACUCCAUCUACAAAAACAGGCAGUAGCCAGUUUGCCAGCCUAUAGUAGAAACUGUUUGCAUGCUUUAUGGAGUUUGUUCCACCCACCCCUGCUACCCUGACUGCACUUUUCCAAAGAACCUGAUCCAACCGCAAAGAUGGCAGCUGAGUCAUUGCCUUUCUCCUUCGGGACCCUGUCCAGCUGGGAGCUGGAAGCCUGGUAUGAGGACCUGCAGGAGGUGCUGUCCUCAGAUGAAAAUGGGGGUACCUAUGUCUCACCCCCUGGAAAUGAAGAGGUGAGAAUGCUAAGCCUAAAACUAGAGGGGGAUGUUGCCCUUCCCCCUUCAACUAGUAUCUACCCUGCCUUUCCUCAUUCCCUUGAAGGAAGAAUCAAAAACCUUCACCACUCUUGACCCUGCCUCUCUGGCAUGGCUGACUGAGGAGCCAAGGCCAGCAGAGGGCACAAACACCUCCCAGAGCCCUUGCUCUCCAGAUUCCAGUCAGAGCUCCCUGGCUCAGGAGGAAGAAGAGGAGGACCAAGGAAGACCCAGGAAACGGAAACGGAGUGGCCAGUCCCCAGCCGGGGCUGGAAAGCAACGCAUGAAGGAGAAAGAACAAGAAAACGAAAGGAAAGUGAUGCAGCUAGCUGAAGAGAAUGAAC